AUGUCCGGCCCAAGGCAGAAUGAUUUGCAAUCGGUGAAGAACAAUUCAAACCAAUCUGAGCCACCACCAGAGAUUGUAGCUGAGGUCGAGCAGAUGGUAUAUGGGGUUUACCGAAACGGAUGGGAGUUUGAGUCUAUGAUGGAGGAGAGUACGAUGCGUACGAAAAGCGAAGACUACAAGUUCUUGUUAAAAUCGGAUCCUUAUCACAUAUAUUACAAGGCCAAGCUUGCUGAAUACUAUGGGGAGGAUAAUCAAGAAUAUGAAGAAGCACCACCCUAUCUUUUGCCUGAUAUCAGGGAUCCUUGGACUGUGUCGCUUACUUUUGGAGUUCCCAAAGGGAUGAUGCGCAGGGAGCUCGACGUUAUGAAGCUCACAGCGUAUUUUUUGGCAAAGUACGGUGAGUCUUUCUGGAUGGAUUUGAAGAAGAGAGUGGAUACGGAUCCUGAGUUUCACUUUACCAAGGAAAGCGAGAGCAGGCUCGCUUUUAGCUUUCUCAUUGGACUUUGCACGGCGUAUUCGUAUUUGAUGCAUGAGAUAGACGACGUUCUGAGAAAGCCCGAUGAUCUGGCCCCUGUUGUUGAGGAUUUUUUCAACCGUCUUGGCUGUGUGAAGGAGAAGGACGUGGCAGCAGAGAUGGUUAUCGUCGAUUGUAGGCAUUUUGAAGAUGCGUCAAGAGGUUUUGCUGAGGAAGAGCCACCGCGAAUUCAGGCUGGUAGGCGUUUGCCGCUUCCACGGGCAUCUCUGUUUGGUCAGCAUUCCUUGAUUCUGCCGCCUCUCUUGUGGAUGAGGCCGAGGCCGAGGCCGCCACCACCGCAGCCAAAGAAGGCUCCGAAGAAGGAGCCUGCCCUUACUGUUCCAGAACUCCGAAGUCCAGGAUUCCGAAUUCCGAAAUUCGGAAGUCCAGAAGCACGAGCUGCUUACGAGCUUGGUAUCACCAACUACUGGAUCUAG